AUGGACUAUUCUGGGCGCCCUGUGUCCCUCUUGGCCCUUCCCGGCUGUGGACCAAGGCUGUGGCGUCGAGCGCCUGCACAACCCCCGCUUCCCUCCCGCUCCCUCUGUUCCCCUCCCCCCUUCCGCCCCCGGAGAAGCCCGGGGAAGGGGGGGGAGCGGGAGCACCGCGUGGCCACGCCCCCGGAGCCGGCUUUUUCUAGGGCCGCUCCAGGAGCCUCUCCGCUGGCUGCCCCGCUCGCCUCCCCGGGUGCGCACGGCUCCGACCCCGCGCUCCGCUCCGCCUCCGCCACGCCGCUCUCCGAGCUUCGGCUGCAGCCAGCCCCAGAGCGCACCCUCCACCCGCCACCCCGGCCCCCGGCCCUGGCUCUCUGCGCCCAGCGCUCGGUCCCCGCGGCUGGUGCCCGGCCCCUCGCGCCCCGCGACCCCGCCGCCUCCCACGUCCCAGCCCGCUUCCCGCCCGGGCCCCGCUCUCCCGCUGCGCUGCUAUACCCCCUCGCGGGGAAGUUGGAAGGUGGGGUUCUGCUGGACGUGUGCUCCUGCGAGGCGCCCGCUCCCAAGGCCAGCUCAGGAGCAGAAUUCCACUAUGGAGGCGCCGCCCCAAGGCCACCUUUGUCGUCGCAGGGGCCUCGGUUAACCCACUGGCAGGGCACUGGCUCGACGCUUCCUGAGCUGUCCAUUCAGGGGACCCUUGGCAAAGACAAAGGGAGGUGUGGACUCUCUUGCACGCUUUAUGUCAUCUUAAAAGAAAAGAAACACAAAAAGUCCCUCUCUUCUGUAUGGGCUGCCUUGACCUCGUCUUCAUGGGGGCCGGGAGUGGGGUCCCCGGAAGAGUCCCCCUUUGGGGCUGCCCGGGCUUCCGGGCACCCAGGGCCGGGAGUCAGGCUCCAGCCACCCGCUCUCCCAGACGCCCUUGCGCGGGGCCACCGGGCGGUGCGGCCUCGGGCUCCCGGGGCCUUGGCGGGGGCUUCCCCGCGCCGCGCUCUCCCCGCCCGGCGGCCCCGCCCCGCCCGGCGGCCCAGGGCCCCUCAGGCCCGCACUGCCGAGGCUCGAACGGCGAACGGGUUCCCGGCCCCGACUUGCUUUGCCCUUGAGGGUCGGGGAGGCCCGAGACCGCCCUCCGGCCGCUCACCAGCUUCCCUUCUCCGCCUCUGCCCGCCCUGUCUGGUCCCCCUGAGCCAGGAGGCCCGGUGGCACCCGGCGCCCAGCCCUCCGGGAGGACCACGCUCGCGCCAUCCGUCGCCCGCAGGACACAGGAGGCAUCGAGAUUGGGGGCGUCCCCACAGCCCCACAGCCCUCGGACGCGUGGUGCCCUUUUCUGACUUAAAACAUUCGUCUUGCACCAGUAUUCACACUAUCGAAGUUUCAGUGUGCCUAGCUUUUCCUCCAAGGACAAAAAUGUGAAUAAAGCAAUAUUUUAGCCAAACAUUUCUGUGUCAAUUAAGAAGAUGGCAAUUCGUUCCAGACUAUAAAUUCUCUUUAACAACUCUCUAAGGAAUUCUUUAAAAUUGUUUUUCAACGUUGCUAAAUGUGCAUCAUAAUGUGUGGGAGACUUGGUAAAGCGAAUCCAUUUAGAGUCAGCUGAUUAACUGCCCCAGUGUUACCACCUUCCAGGAGGCACCUUCCCAUUGUUUGCUCCUUUUUUCCCAACACACGUUAUUUGUUAGUGAGGAAGCUGCGUGCACAAGGCAUUGUAUUCAGUUUAUUACACAGACGUGGCCCUUAAACUACGAAAAGCUUCGUCUACCUCUACAUUUACAGUCGACAUUUCUAUAAGUUGUGGGACAAGGUAUACAGGUUGCUUUCAUAAACUAGAAUUGAACAUAAU